AAAACGGAGAAGGGGAGGCAGCUGUUUCCUAAUUUACCUCGUUAAGGUUUGGUGCUCCAGCAUUCGCCGCAGGUUUUGGUUUGGUUGCUUAGCAUUAGGGCGAAACAUCCCAGGUUGCUGUUUGAUCAUCGCUAUCGAGUUGAGGACGGCGGAGUUUGGGAUUGAAGAGCGGAAGAACAGAUAAUCUUCAUUACAAGAUUUCCGAUUGGAUAAGUGAUCUUGAAUCGCCAGACAGAGUUUAUAACAAACAAAAGGAGAAAUGGCAAUUGGACAGGGCGACGCGAAGAAGGGCUAUCUUGCCACGAGCUUGAGCUUCUCAAACUGCAGGAGCAGCACAAGAAUCUUCGGGAGGAAGAGAGUCGCCGUCUCGCCGACUCCAGGCUCCCGGAGCCCGCACUCGCCGGUGCGCACCCUGCGCAAGCAGCGCAGUGUCCGGUUCCACAUGGACGACGCUGUCAACCUCAUUGAGUCGCUGCCGCAAGAUGUUCUGAUUAAAAUCUUGUGCAAGGUGAAUCACAGUGAUCUGAGGCAGCUCCUCCUGGUGUCAAAACCAGUCAACGAAGCGACAAUUGUUGCUAGGGAGCUGCAUUUCAAGUUUUCAACGCCGUCGGCGAAGUCUGUUUUUAGAGACGAGGAAACCGGCGACGACGAGGACGGCCCCGGCGCGCCCAAGCAACGCAGGGUUGCAAGGUCGCGCCUCCGGGGCAAGAACCUGGAGGGCAUCGCCGUCAACCUGUCGGCGUCGUUUGAGAGCUUGCGCUCCGAGGUCUAGAUGUACAUAUAUCACAUCAAAGGUUUUCAGUUUGCCCUUCUGUUCGCGCGUGUAUCUAUUAGUUUCAGGGUACAAGUUUAGUGCUUUUUGUAGCCCCACGCCAUAGAGAGACUCUUAGGUAGUGAGGAUAGUAUACUCGUAUGCGUCGUUACUAGUCUUGAGUUAUUAUAUAUAGAUAGAGUUGUUAUUAUAUAUAAUAUAUAUAUGAUCGUAGUUCUUCAAUGCUGUGAUUGAAGAACAAGCGAUGUCUUUCUCUGAACUUUUUGUGUAUUAUUAUUUAGCGUCCAAGAGAUGUCUCUUCUCUUAUGUGUAUGCUAUAAGUGUAUGAUCUUUUUUGUAUACUAGUGUGCACGAGAAGAUAAACUCCUGGCUAAAUCGAAGUGUCUUGACUA